AUGAUGGCAAACUAGUGAUUCUAUAUAUUAAUCUUCCUUAAUAAUAGUGGAUCAUACUAUACUUAAUCAUCCUCAAGCAUCAAAGAAUAUGGCAGCUUGGUGGUCAUGUAUAGCCAUAAUAUUCACAGCAACUUUAUACACGUCCUUUACAAGAGUGGAGUCCUCCCAUGGCGAUCAGAUCAGCAGCUUGCCGGGGCAACCAGCUAACGUCACUUUCCGGCAAUACUCCGGCUACGUUAAAGUUGACCAGCAUAGGGCUCUUUUCUACUACUUUGUCGAGGCCGAAACUCACCCAGAUUCUAAGCCACUUGUUCUCUGGCUAAAUGGUGGUCCUGGGUGCUCAUCUGUUGGAGUUGGAGCUUUCGGGGAGCAUGGCCCUUUCCGACCGCGAGGGAGUGUCUUGAUCAAAAAUCCCCACAAUUGGAACAAAGAGGCAAACAUGUUGUAUUUGGAAUCCCCUGCAGGAGUUGGGUUCUCAUAUUCUCUCAAUCAAUCCUACUAUACUUACGUGAAUGAUGAGAUGACAGCAAGAGACAAUCUAAUAUUUCUGAAAAGAUGGUUCCACAAGUUCCAAAACUACCGGGGACGAGAAUUUUUCAUUACUGGAGAAAGUUAUGCAGGGCAUUAUGUUCCACAACUUGCGCAGCUCAUCAUACAAUCAAAGGCAAACAUUAAUCUUAAGGGAAUAGCAAUUGGAAACCCUCUUUUGGAGUUCAACACAGAUUUCAAUGCCGUGGGAGAGUAUUGUUGGUCACAUGGAUUAAUAUCAGAUUAUACUUAUGGACUUCUCAAUAAGGUCUGUAACACAUCUAUAAUGCGAAGGCAAUUUGAUGAUACUGGAAACCUUACGCCUCAUUGCCAUCAAGUAAAUGAUCAAGUGAAUGCUGAAAUUGGAAACUAUAUUGAUGUUUAUGAUGUGACCGAAGAUGUCUGUAUUUUCCCACAAUCAAAGAAGAUUACUACAUUGAAAAAAGACGUAUGCAUAGAGGAAGAAACCAUUGCAUAUUUUGGUCGAAAAGACGUGCAAAAAUCUUUACAUGCACGUGUUCAUGGAGUGAAUGGUUGGUCCACGUGCAGCGAUAUCCUAAUCUAUGACAUGCGCAAUUUGGAGGUUCCUACCAUUAACAUUCUAGGUUCCCUUGUCAAGUCUGGGGUUCGCGUAUUGGUUUACAGUGGAGAUCAAGAUUCAGUUAUCCCAUUUACGGGAACUCGGAAAUUGGUUUAUAAAUUGGCAAAGUUUAUUGGAUUGAACACAUCUAUGCCAUACCGCCCUUGGUUUGAGGGAGAACAGGUUGGUGGAUGGACACAAAGGUAUGGAGAGUUGCUUUCCUUUGCAACAAUAAGAGGUGCUGGUCAUGAAGCUCCAUUUUCACAGCCUGAGAGGUCACUUGUCCUGUUUCAUUCAUUUCUCGCUGGAAAAUCAUUUCCUGUUUUCAACACAAGUAGUGGAAGAGCAUUGCAAAGUAGAAGCACAUCAACAAGAUUUGUUGGAAAACUAAAUGAUUUGCAUUAAUAAUGUACGUACUACGUAUGAUCUUUCAUUGUUGGUCACACUUUGAGAUGGUUGAUCAAAGUAUAUACUUCAUAGCUAGGUAGAAAAAAAUCAUUUUAAUGCUUUUAUUGGAAGUUUGUCCAAUACUGUAAUUAUCAUGAACCACUGCUUUCAUGUUAGUUUUUCAUUUUACAUUUUCAUUGGAUG